AUGGGUUGCGGUGCUUCCAAAGUAGACAAAGAGGGUCGGGCUCGCAACGAUAGCAUCGAAGCACAGCUCAAAAAGGAUCGUCUCGCCCAAAGGAAUGAGGUCAAGAUGCUCCUCCUCGGUGCUGGAGAAUCAGGCAAAUCCACCAUCCUCAAACAGAUGAAGCUCAUCAACCACGGUUCCUACAGCUCAGAAGAGCGUGAAUCCUACAAAGAGAUCAUCUUCUCCAACACUGUCCAGUCCAUGCGUGUCAUGCUGGAUGCCAUGGAGCGUCUCGACAUCCCGCUCGCAGAUGCUUCCAACGCACCGCGUGCAGAGAUCAUCCUCGGUCUUUCUCCCACUAUCGAAUCCGACGUUUUGCCGAGACAAGUGGCAGAUGCCAUUCAUGGCUUGUGGGCUGAUGCAGGUGUUCAAGCUUGUUUCGCUCGUAGUCGUGAAUACCAGCUGAACGACUCUGCCAAGUAUUACUUUGACUCGAUCCAGCGUAUCGCUCAACCCAACUACCUCCCUACAGACCAAGAUGUCUUGCGAUCCCGAGUCAAGACUACCGGCAUCACAGAGACGCACUUCCAGAUCGGCGAGUUGAACUACAAACUCUUUGAUGUCGGAGGACAACGUUCAGAACGUAAAAAAUGGAUCCACUGCUUCGAAAACGUCACCGCCAUCAUCUUCCUCGUUGCCAUCUCGGAAUACGAUCAACUGCUCUAUGAGGAUGAGAAUGUCAACCGCAUGCAAGAGGCUCUUACCCUUUUCGACAGUAUUUGCAACUCGAGGUGGUUCGUAAAGACAAGCAUAAUCUUGUUCUUGAACAAGAUCGAUCUUUUCAAGCAAAAGUUGCCCAUCUCACCUAUGGCGGAUUACUUUGGCGACUACACGGGCGGUGCCGACUACAAUGCCGCUUGCGAAUACAUUGUCAACAGGUUUGUUACCUUGAACCAGAGCGAUGCAAAGACCAUCUAUACGCAUUUCACUUGUGCAACAGAUACAACCCAGAUCAAAUUCGUCAUGUCGGCAGUCAACGAUAUCAUCAUUCAGGUCAACCUUCGCGAUUGUGGUUUGCUUUAA